CUACAAAAUUAGCUCGACCUUUGCUAUCCCAAAAAGCUAGUCAGCAGCAAAUUCCUCAACUCCUGCCUGAACGACACAUCGUUCUCCAUCUCUGGAGCAUGGCGUCAACGACCAGAGCGAUGAUGGGGCUAUCGGCUUCAUCAAUUGGCUUCAGAGCUGCCAAUACUGCUCGCAGAAGCUUUGCGACCUCACAAUCCCAGGCACAGCUUCUCACACGUGCGCGACCGAGCUCCCGGGUCUUGCUUGACAAGAGCAAAUUGCAACAGCAAUUCCGUCGAGGAUAUGCUGAUGUUGCUCCUGUCAAGACACCGAAGAAGUUCAGAUGGUUUCGCUUUCUUUGGAGAGCUACAUAUCUCAGUGCUAUUGGAGGAACGGCCUAUCUUGCUUGGGGAGUUUGGGACUUAAGACACCCAGACGAUCAAUUUGAGCCUGACCCAACGAAGAAGAACUUGGUUAUACUUGGUACUGGAUGGGGUGCUGUCUCCCUUCUCAAGAAGCUCGACACCGAAAACUACAAUGUUAUUGUUAUCUCGCCCCGAAAUUACUUCCUCUUCACACCUCUUCUGCCAUCAUGCACAACCGGUACCGUCGAACAUCGUUCCAUUAUGGAGCCUAUCCGAAGCAUAACCAGACAUAAGAAAACUGCUGUCAAGUUCUACGAAGCAGAGGCCACCAAGAUUGAUCCUGAAAGAAAGGUUGUCUUCAUUGACGAUAACUCUGAUGUCAAGGGCGCCACCAACAAGACUGAAGUCCCAUAUGAUAUGCUUGUUGUCAGUGUCGGUGCUGAGAAUGCCACUUUCGGAAUCCCCGGUGUUAAAGAGCACUCUUGCUUCUUGAAGGAGAUUGGUGAUGCUCAACAAAUCCGCAAGAAGAUCAUGGACUGUGUCGAGACUGCCACUUUCAAGGACCAAAGCCCCGAAGAAGUUGAACGUCUCUUGCAUAUGGUUGUCGUCGGUGGUGGACCCACUGGAGUCGAAUUCGCUGGUGAGCUUCAAGACUUCUUCGACCAGGAUAUCAAGAAGUGGAUCCCGGAAAUCAGUGAUAAGUUCAAGGUUACCCUGAUUGAAGCUCUGCCAAACGUUCUGCCUAUGUUCUCCAAGCAAUUGAUCGACUAUACCGAAUCUACCUUCAAGGAGGAGAAGAUCACCAUCAAGACCAAGACUGCUGUGAAGAAGGUAACGGAUAAGACUGUCGAAGCCGAAGCCACUGGACCUGACGGCAAGAAGACCAUGGAGAUCAUGCCAUAUGGUCUCCUUGUCUGGGCCACUGGAAACGCUGUCCGCCCCGUCGUCAAGGAUCUCAUGUCCCAAAUCCCCGCACAAAAGGACUCAAGAAGAGGUCUAGCCGUCAACGAAUACCUCGUCGUCCAAGGAACCAAAGAUAUCUGGGCAACAGGUGAUUGUGCCGUCGCCGGCUACGCACCAACAGCUCAAGUCGCCUCGCAAGAAGGAGCUUUCCUUGCCCGUCUUUUCAACACCAUGGCCAAGAGCGAAGCCAUCGAAACGCAGAUUCACGACCUCAGUUCCUCCCUCAAUCUGGCUCCCGGUAACACUGCUGAAAUCGCAAAGGAAAUCGAAUCUCACGAGAAGCAAUUGCGCAGAAUCAAGGACAUCAAGCCCUUCCACUAUACCCAUCAAGGCUCCUUGGCCUAUAUUGGAAGUGAGCGAGCUGUGGCGGAUGUGAGUUGGUUGAAUGGCAACUUUGCUACUGGUGGUGGCUUGACGUAUUUGUUCUGGAGAAGUGCGUAUUUGAGCAUGUGCUUUAGUAGUAAGUUCCACCUUCCACCUCAACUCUCAGUAAGAAGAAGACUAACAGAAAUCCAGCUCGUAACCGUGUCUUGGUCGUUCUCGACUGGUUGAAAUCGAAAGCCUUCGGCCGUGAUGUUUCUCGGGAAUAGAUAAAUAUAAAGAAGGGAAGGGGUAAACACGAGAGGGGGAUAGGAGUUGAGAUGAUAGUGCUGUAUUACUUGUUUCUUUUUAUAAUGAACUCGGGAUAGACGGUCAGGGUAUGUAAAUAGCUUUCCACUUGAAAGUAAAUGCAAUGGAGAAGUUCAAGCCUUCAAACUCUGCAAG